UUUAGAUCGCCUUGUAGAAUCCAAAUAACCGCUAAGUUCCGCCACUGAAAAAAAUCUGCUUGACAAUUCUCUGCUCCUCAAACUUUCAUUUCAUUUCACAGCUCUCAUUCUUUAACCUGCACUUUCUCUCAUUAAUCCAAUUACAAGAAAUUCAAGAGAUUAAAUUGUUAAAUGAGCAUUGUGUUAUUGCGUACUAGAUUGAGUGUAAAUGGAUGUUAGGAGGCCUGGUGUGAUUGCCUUGUUUGACGUUGAUGAUACUCUCACAGCUCCAAGAAAGGAUGUUACUCCAGAAAUGUUGGAGUUGAUGCGAGAACUUAGGAAGGUUGUUACAGUAGGCAUUGUGGGAGGGUCUGACCUUUCAAAGAUAACGGAGCAGCUUGGCAAAACAGUUAUGGAUGACUAUGAUUAUGUAUUUUCUGAGAAUGGUCUUGUUGCUCACAAAGACAGGACGCUGAUUGGCACCCAGAGCUUGAAGACAUAUCUUGGAGAAGACAAACUCAAGGAAUUUAUCAAUUUUACGCUUCAUUAUAUCGCAGACUUGGACAUACCGAUAAAGAGGGGUACAUUUAUAGAGUUCCGAAAUGGGAUGCUUAAUGUUUCACCAAUUGGGCGAAACUGUAGCCAAGAAGAAAGGGAUGAAUUUGAAAGAUAUGACAAGGUUCAGAACAUACGCCCAAAAAUGGUUUCCAUGCUCCGUGAAAAGUUUGGUCACCUUAACUUGACGUUUUCCAUAGGAGGGCAGAUAAGCUUUGAUGUUUUCCCGCAAGGUUGGGACAAGACAUACUGCUUGAGAUACCUAGAUGAUUUUCAAGAAAUCCAUUUCUUUGGUGACAAAACUUACAAGGGUGGAAAUGACCAUGAAAUCUAUGAAUCUGAAAGAACCGUAGGUCAUACAGUUACGAGCCCUGAAGAUACAAUCAAGCAGUGCACUGCUCUCUUCCUGAACCCUUGAGUUCGAACCAUCCCCAUGAAUUUCCGGUUAUAUGCCAUUUUUCGAACAAGAAAGAAAAGUUAAAUGCCAUUUGUAAUUCUAUGUUUGAGAAUAAAUGCUUAAGCAGAAAUCUGUAAUAUGUAACACUAUUUAUAGACGCAAAUAUCUUGGUUGAGAAUUUUCAUAUUUGCAUUGUAUUUUUUGUCAUCACACUGAUUCGUACAAAUAUAAAUUUAUAUACUGAAAGGCAUCCUUCA